AUGCCACGACGACGAACGCGUAAGCCAAAUCUUGAUGAAGAUGAUCUUGACAGUGAGAUUGAUAGAACAUUUGAUGCAUUGGAAAAAGAUGAUGCAAAAAAACGACACAGCUCGCGUCGCGUUUCAGCUGUGUUACGCACCCAAAAAGAUGAAGAUGAAGAACGGCAGAAAAUUUUAAUGGACAUGAAUGCACGAGCUAAUGAGAAAGAGAAUCCUGCAAAAAAUGAACGUGUAUUAGAAGCUAUGAAAAUUGCUGUGACAAAAGCUAAGCAGUUGGCGGCACGUGCGUUUCAAGAAGACCUUAUUGAUAGGUUACCGAUGGUUGUAGAAAAGGAACCAUUACAACAAGCAGGGUCAUUACUUGAUGCAAGUGCUCGAAUAUAUUCUUUUCGAGUUGAUGCUACUCAUUCAGAAGCAUAUGAUGUUCGUGCCAAGUUAGGUAAAAGCUCUCUAAGUGAGAAUAAAAAAGAUUCAAGUGAUGGAGCAGAUGAUGAUGGUAAUGGAAAAAUGAAUUCAGAUGAUGAUGAAGCUGAGAAGAAAAGUAGUAAAGAUAAAACAAAGAAGAAAAAAGGAAUUGAUGAAGGAAGCGAUUCAGACAUUGAUUUGGAGGGUGAAUUAGAAAAAACUGAUAUCUAUGAUGCUGAGGAUCUUCCAGUUUAUUUUGAUGAUGUAGCUUCCGGGACAGAAGAUGAAAAUAUGGUGUGGGAACGAACUGAAAUACUGAAAAAAUUUAAAGAAAAAUAUGAUAAAUCUCAUGAAAGCUGUAUCAACAGACGAUCGAAGAUAUCGAUGGUUGUAUAUGAUCCAUCCGAACUAAAUGAUACUGAAACAGGUGCCGAGUUUUGUAGUCAUUUGUAUAAUAAAGCAACUCACAAUUUUGAUGAAGGAUCAUCUAGCGGCCUUUUGAUGCAAAAUGCCAUUACGAGCAGAUGCGGUCGUCAUUACAUGUUGCACAAUAGUUGUCGAUGCACUCGAAAUAUAUGGAAUGAAAAAAUUGAGGGGGAAAAUUUACACGAAAUUUGGAGUGGUAUUGAAGAUGCUGAGAGACUCGCACCAUUGAAUAUUCCUAAUUCCAGUGUAACUAGUAGUCUACGCGAAGAACAUAUAUGUCGGAAUGCAACUACUAGUCAAGAAACAACUUUUAUGGACGCAGCGGUAACUGCUUCUAGUAAUAUGCAAUCUAUUCAAAAAGUUGUGGAAACUGUUCUGAACGAAGCACUUCUCGAAAGUGGUAGUGAGGAAUUAUUUCGGUGGAGGAAGCAUUUGCAAAAGAAGCUUGGCAUGGAUUCUGGACAGUUCAUUGCUUUAUUGGCUCAUUCUUUACGAGAUUUGGAUCCUUUCAUUCGGCAUAGUUUUAUUAGGCAAUCUCUGAUUCCGGUCAGGAAAUCAUAUAUCAGCAGAAUUGCAGACUCAAAAAGUGGCUUGACGUAUGCACCAAUAGCAGACGAUUUAGAACCUUUCGAAGAGUCUAUGUGUUGGAAAGUGUACCGCAUGAGAUGGGUUGAAAUGGAAAAUGAAAAACGAUCGCAAGUUUUGAAAGCAUUACCUGGAGAAAAUCCAGAAUUCAAUUACUUUUUCGCUCGAUCAGCCGAACAGCUGUUUGCUGAAACUGAUAAUAUUCUUGGUAACUUACCUGUGUUCCGCAGCAUAAUUGCUAUUGAAGUCCCACGAAAUGAUAGUAGAAUAGCAAAUGAUGAUCAAAAAGCUUUGGCUGGAGUACUAGAUGCAUUUCGUAUUGGUCGGGGGGAAAGUCUCUUCAAGAAGAAAGGCGAUGAAUUUGGGAGAAAAAUUGCUCAGAUUCCUAUAGCAACACAAUUUAAAAGAAUGGAGCAACAAGCUCUUGUGGAAUGCGAGAAUUCUAUUCCCAAUGAGCAUUCAAGGUCAGUAGUGUGUGAAUCGGCUAACAAUGCGAAAAAUCCAAGUCGUAUAGAGGAUAAUGAUUGCGUACUAGAUGUAGGCGGUUUCAAUACAAGUUUUGAUAAUGAACUUGAAAUAGAUGCAGAAGUUGCAUUAUCACAUUCAGUAGGUGCGCAGCCAGUCACCGAUGAUGACCAGUCAAUAGUUUCGAAACAGGAUUGGGCGGAGAAAUUAGAAGGUGUACAUGCUGAAAACGUUUUGAAAGGCGAGCGUACAGAUGCCCAUUCAACUUAUGGAGACUUGCAUUACGUUGACGAAAAACGAGUCGCAAAUAUGGCAUAUUCUAUUGUAAAUGAUGAGGCACACUGGAAAAGACGAAAGCUGGACAGAGGAGAAGAAGUUAUCAUUCCAAAGGAGAGAACAGCGGGAAAAGUGGAGAAAGUAGAACGGAAGAAAGCUAAAAAAGAAGAAAAAAAUCCGUUCGAAAUUGGUGAUUUUGAUAGUAUGCCUCUUGCUGUCAUUCGAGAUAGGCAGAAGCAAGCGAAACGUACUACAGUACUUGUCAAACAAGAAGAUGAAAUCUUAAAGAUUCGCCGUACACGAGUUCCUGCUGACCUUUUAUAUAAAGCUGAACAGUUCUGUCAUCUGGCGCAUGUUUUCUCGGGAGAUUGGGAUAAAGUUCAUUUUGAUCGUGUUUCAUUAGCUCCUGAUAAUGCUAAAGAGGAAAAAAUGGCAAAAAUAUUACGGCAGAGCAUUCAUGAAGAUUUGGAUCCAGAAGAAGCGAUUAAAAAUCAUCUCUUACACUUCAACAAUUAUUUCGAUGAUUCAUGCUCUGACCAGCAGUCAAUGUCUGUCCCUUGUGGUAGCGAUGCACUAGACGCACAUACUGAUGACGAUUUAUUUAGCGAUAUUGGCACUCACGAUAACGAUGAUUGCGAGACUAUUCUGGAACCCGUGAAUGAUAUGUCUCUAAUAAAAUCUGCUCCAAACUUUUUGUCUGAAGCUGAUUCUGGAGCUGAAGAAGCGGAGAUUUUUGGUGUAAAGUAUUCCGUGAGACAACGACGCAUCAACGCACCUGCUGUAAAACGAGCGAUUGGUAACAUUUUAUCAAAUGCAAAACUUGAUGCUGAUGCGCUAAAUGCAGAAAUAAUAAUCGCUCGAGAACAAGGGGCCAGUGUUUUGGAAGGCAUGAAUGGUUUGAAUAUAGUAGGAGAGGACAGUAAUUCAAAUUCCUUGUUUGUGAAUAAUGAAGAUAAUCAUAUGGAACUAAAGGGAGAAAAAGAUCAGUUGCAUUUGGAUGAAGUGGAGAAAAUGAAUGACAAUCCAGGUUAUGGAAUGCAGCAUGUUGAGGAAAUCGUGAGAGAUUUUAAAUUAUGUGGACGACACACAUUUUCUUCAGUAUUAGUGCAGCUUCCUUCAUAUUUAGCAGGGCGUACAGCUGAUGAUCUCAGCCCCAUCAAUGCAUUCUCAGUAUUAUUGCAUCUUUGCAAUGAAAAUAAUUUGGAGCUUUUGCAACGCAAAGAUGAUGAUGGUUUAAUUAAGCCAUCAGAAAUGGGUGAUUUCACUAUAGUAUCCGCUGAGAAACGCAGGGUAAAUCGUAAACGUACUGCCUCUCAAUGUCAAUAA